UGGCCCUCGCGGGCUAAAUCUAGUGCCAGUGGCUUACCAGAGUGCGUUCAGUGCUUGAGGAUCGUCCGUCGCGUUGACAGUGCUGUGCUGAUCGAGGAUCGUUGAAUCCUAGUUUUGGAAUUGGAGUGUUCUGCUGGUUUUUAGGAAAGUGUGUUAGCCGGAGAAAAUAAGGGACAGUGACAGCGAACUAAAUGGGAUUCCAUUUCGGGACUGCUUAUUGGAUUAUCGUAAAUUGAAUCCUGGAGACUGCGAAUUCGAGGAAGCCAAGAGAAGCGAUGCUGUGGUGGAAAAUUUGAAAGCGUUACAUAAUAGUGCAAAAAUGAGUGAGUUUUGAGACAAAAAGCGGUUUUUCGUGCUGCCGAUCACGGGGUCCAGAUAAUGGUUUUCCGAGCUUUUGUGUGACGAAAAGUGGAGGUUAAAAAUAAUCGCGAUAAAGAGCGCUUUUGUGGCGUGUGAACAAAAAUAGAUUUUCGGUUGAGGUGAAAGUGAUUGUGACAAAAGGAUUUAAUCUGAUCAGGGUUAACUGGAAACAGUAAGCCAGUGAAUGACAGCCAUCAUGGAUACGAAGAUAAGGGGAUUUUUACUGUUGGUGUGCUUCGUGGGAUGUGCCAAAUCGGAAGCGAUUGCGAUCGAACAGAUACUGUCGCUCUGCUGUCAGGAAGGCGAAGAAUGGGGAACCCAGCACAAGUUGUGUUCCAGCUUCAACAACACGUUGGAAAUAGUUCCGGGGGAGCUGCGCGGCCUUUGUCUGUCCACCGUAGAAAUCUGCUGCUCCAAGCAGCACAAGAUCUACAAAUGUACGGAAGGUCAAAUUGCCGCCCGUCAGGGCCUCAGCUGCUCGCUUAAGGGUCACCAUUCGGGGUCGGAGUUCUACACGGACUGCUGUGAAGCGUGCAAAAUUGGUCUGGUUGUGGGAUCCAGCUCGAGCAAGUGUUCGGUGGAACCGUUUGCCUUCGGGAGCCCGUGGGACGAAGUUUACGAAGGAUGCUGCAAGGACAUCAAGCAAGGAGACGAUACGUUUAUUUUGAACGAGGAAGAUGAGAAUAAUCUUUGCGGUCGCUUUGAAAAUCUUUGCUCACAAAUUUGCGAAAACACGGAAGCUGGCUCGUACAUGUGUCGCUGCCAUCCUGGCUACACACUGCUUGAUGAUAGGAAAACCUGCGUCCAGAUUACCUCCGAGGAUGAAAAUGAAAUUUCCACCGAUGAAAUGGAAAGCUCCGAUUGUCGACUUGGCUUCGAAAAAGACCAACGGACAGGUGAGUGCGUCGACGUGGACGAGUGUGAAACCGGCGAAGCUACUUGCGAUAUCAACAAUCAGGUUUGUAUGAAUCUUGAAGGCUCCUACCGGUGUUUGGACAUUCAGGAUGUUAAAUGUGACGCUGGUUACCGGUACGAUCGCAAAGCAGGAAAAUGUGAAGAUAUAAACGAAUGCUUAGAGGGAACUGAUGCUUGCAAUAGGGAAACUCAACACUGCUUGAACGGGCGCGGAAAUUACACCUGCCAGAACAAGGCGGUGGAAACGUGUUCGCCAGGGUUCAUCUACGAUAGUGCCAGCAAGGCAUGUGAAGAUAUCGAUGAGUGCGAGGACCAAGCUGCUUGUGACGAGGGCUUCGUAUGCGUCAACAUAAAAGGCUCGUACGACUGUAUUCCCUUUGCGAAAAACUAUCCAGUUACAAAAAAGAAAAUGGUCGAAUCAUGCUCGCCGGGCUUUCGCCGUCAUAACGAACAAUGCAUAGAUAUUGAUGAAUGUGCCGUCGAUAAGUAUGCCUGCGAUAGCAACCAGGUGUGUACGAACGAAAUCGGCGGUUUUCGGUGCGACUGCAAAAUUGGCUUCACACUCGAUCAGGUCACUAACGCGUGUGUGGAUAUCAACGAGUGUCAAAUAAAUGCCCACGAGUGCCUGGAGAGCCAGCGGUGCGAUAACACGAUUGGGUCCUACACGUGCAUCCGGUUGCAGAGUUGCGGAACGGGCUACACCCUGAAUGCCGAAACCGGAAACUGUGACGAUGAUGAUGAAUGUGCCCUCGGUAGGCACAAUUGCGUGCCACCGUACGAAUGUUUCAACACGAAAGGUUCCUUCCGCUGUCGGCAGAGGUCAAGGUAUGCUCCUCAGGCCGUAAGUAGAGUUACUGGUACUUCUACUAGCACUAGUACCAGUACAUCCACUACUACUACGACUACAACCGCUCGUCCUGUCUAUUACACGCAUACAACCAGGAAUGACCCACAGUACCGACCGGUGUACCAACCAAAUAAUCAACAGGUCGAGUAUAACCGGUACCAGGGGUCAUGCGGCAUUGGCUUUGAGAGGAAUGCCCUUGGGGCUUGUGUCGAUGUCGAUGAAUGCUUGAACGGGAACACUUGUCGAUCGAACCAAAGAUGUGUCAACAGCAACGGAUCCUACCGAUGUUACGAUCUUCUGGUGUGCCCGAGUGGUUUUGUGGCGAACAGUGACGCAACGGAGUGUUUAGACGUAGACGAGUGCAGCACCGGCAAGGCAAAAUGCGGCCCAGACCAGAUAUGUAAAAACAAACGCGGCAGUUACGUUUGUCACUGUCCGGCCGGGUUCAUAAUCGGGAAGCACCAACGGUGCGAGGACAUCAACGAGUGCGAGAUGCACAAAGGCAUGGUUUGUCCUCACAAUUCCGAGUGCAUCAAUACGCUGGGCUCGUACAGGUGUGACUGUAAGGCCGGUUUCAAGAAGAACCACCCCGAGGACAUGGUCUGUACGGAUCAGGACGAGUGCAGUGAGAUUCCUGGUCUGUGCCAUCAGCGGUGUAUCAAUUAUUACGGGUCGUAUCGAUGUGGAUGUGAACCGGGUUACAAACUAAUGGCCAACAACCGCACCUGUGAGGACGUGGACGAGUGUGUCGAGUACAAAUCGAACAAUUUAUGCGUGGGCAUAUGCGAAAACAGCCCCGGCUCCUAUGGAUGCAGUUGUCCGCAGGGGUACCGUUUGGGACACGACGGGCGGAGUUGUAUCGAUAUCGAUGAGUGCGAAACGAGAGACGUUUGCAAUGCUCGGAAUGAAAUUUGUACCAAUAUUCGAGGAAGCUUCCGAUGCACUCGUAUCGAUUGUCCUUACGAAUAUGAAAUCGAUCCGGAUAGGACCAAUCGCUGCCGUCGAACGACCCGAUUCUGCCAACCGGACGACAUCGAAUGUCUGAGGAAGCCAUCCUCGUACUCGUACAACUUCAUAACCUUGACGUCGAACAUGCCGGUGCCUCCAUCGGGACGGGCGUUGUUCAAUUUACGGGGACCCACCUGGUACGAGUCCAUCGACUUUGAUAUGAAGCUGAUCCACGUCGAUGCACCGGGCAACGUUCAGCCGGCAGAUGAACGCUUUUUCAGCUUGAACAAACUGUCCAACGAAGUGCUGUUGAAUCUGGUCAAAAGCAUAGAGGGACCGCAAGAUAUCGAGCUGGAGCUGAGCAUGACAGUGUUCAACAAUGGGCAACCGUUCGGAUCGAACAUCGCCAAGCUGUUUCUGUUGAUAUCAGCGCAUGAAUUUUAAUGCAUCAUCAAGGUGAGGGAGCUCGUCGAGUAUUCUGUUAUAAUUUGUUCAGUGAAAUUCAUCCGAUUUAGCUUUUGCACUUCAUCGUACAAAUAAACGCCAAUCUUCGGUAAUCUCAGCUGCA